UAACUAUGUCAGGUUUUAAAUUGCUCGGAAAUUCAGUAAUUGUAAUUUUCCUGUGUUUCGCGAAUAAAGUUUAUCAUGUUGUUGGGCAAGGGCUCGUAAUUGUUACUCCAGUGCCAACAAUCGCCAAUCCAGGUCAAUGUCAGUGUACCCCUGCCGCAAACUGCGCUGAUGGUAGUGCUGGAAUUGAUCCCAGGGUUUUAGUUAAUCCCACACUUCCCCUCUGCGUACCACCGAACAGGUUUUGCUGUAAUCUCAUCAGCACGACGACACGACCGCCAGCUACGUGCGGGACACAGCAAUUGAUUCCAUUUCCGGCCUAUACUGUAGGAGCUGGACAAUUCACAAAUGUAAAAAUUGUAAUCUUGUACAGAGUCACGUUAAAAGUUCGUUUAGGAGAAUACCUCCUGAACGCUGUCAAUGAGCCAUACGCCGCCAUAGAAAUUGCCGUGACUGCAACCCGAAUUCAUGAGCAGUACCAGGUUGCGAACCUGCAAAAUGACCUGGCCGUGUUGAAGUUGGCAAGUUCGGUCGAUUUCAACGCAAAUCCACACAUCCGGCCAAUCUGCCUUCCAGCUGCGGGAACAUCUUUUGUAGGACAAAGGUGUUACGUCUCAGGAUUUGGAGCGAGUACCUUGAACGGUGCAUAUUCUACGGUUAUGGGUAAAGUUGACUUGCAAAUAAUGGAUGGUCCAACGUGUCAGGCUAGACUGCAAACGACUCGUCUUGGACCUGGCUUCAUUCUUAAUCAGCAAGCCUUUCUAUGUGCUGGAGGGGAGAAUGGGAAAGAUUCUUGUACAGGGGAUGGAGGUGCCCCGUUAGUAUGCCUAUCAGGGACUCAGUGGUUCUUGGCUGGCUUAGUAUCAUGGGGAAUAGGAUGUGGAGUUAACACAAUUCCUGGUGUGUACACUAACACUGGAAAUUAUUUGGGGUGGGUUGCCACUAAUAGGGUUUGACUUUAAUGGCGUUCUGGGUAAUCUUAUAUCGUGUGGUAUUUAUCAUGGUAUGCAUUCUGGUAUUCUGUACACAUAAUGGUAAUAAAUUUUAUAUGUAAUCAUAACAGAUAUACAAUGUGUAGCCUUAACUAAUGGU